CGAUCGAAGUGUGCUUGCGUCCUGAUCCCACCAACCGCAGAGGACAGAGGACCAUGGAGAGCGGCACGGAGCGGCGGCGGCGGCGGCACCACUUCGUGCUGGUGCACGGCACCUGCCACGGCGCGUGGUGCUGGUACAAGGUGGCCACACUCCUGUCAUCCGCGGGCCACCGCGUGACGGCGCUGGACAUGGCCGCGUGCGGCGCCAGCCCCGGGCGCGCCGAGGAGGUGCCGUCCUUUGAGGAGUACAGCCGGCCGCUCCUGGCCACGGUGGCCGGCCUGGCGCCCGAGGAGAAGGUGGUCCUCGUCGGCCACAGCUUCGGCGGGGUCAGCCUCGCGCUGGCCAUGGAGCAGUACCCGGACAGGGUCGCCGUCGCCGUCUUCGUCGCGACCGGCAUGCCCUCCGCUGGGAAGCCGAUGGCGUUCGUCUUCGAGCAGUUUUUGCAAGAAGAGUACCCAGCGGACCGCUACAUGGACUGCGAAUUCGAAACCAGCGGCGACCCCCAGCGUCCCGUGGAGACAUUUCGGUUCGGGCCACAGUACCUGAAGCAGAGACUGUACCAGCUCAGUCCCCCAGAGGACUUGACCCUGGCAAUGGCGAUGGUGAGGCCGUCACAGCGGUUCCGAGACGACGCGACGAUGAAGGGGGGUAUCCUGACGGCGGAACGGUACGGCGGCGUGAGGCGGGUGUGCGUCGUCGCCGAGGACGACGCGUCAGUGCCGGCAGGCUUCCAGCGGCGGAUGGCGUCGUGGAACCCCGGCACGGAGGUGACGGGGUUGCAGGGAGCCGACCAUAUGUCCAUGCUCUCGAAACCAGGGGAGCUGUCAGAACUUCUCAUGGAGGUUGCCAACAAGUACAGCUGAAACUUGUAUCAUGUAAAUGGCUAUCAGCAAAAUGGUUGUUCAGGUACGCUUGUUUCAGAUGAACAAAUGGAGACGGAAGUUUGAAGUAACACGAUGAAAUAAGACUAGAUUUUGUAUCCAAUGCAGUUGUAACUUUCUAAGGU